AUGGUCCAGCAGAUCGAGGCCAGCACCGGCUCCCUGCCCCCCUAUCUCGAGCGCGCAGUCACCGCCGAGGUCGCCGCGGAAAACGAGCAGGUCCAGGCCAUCAUUGCGCCCAGGCUCAAGAUGCUCACCGACCUCGCCAACAGCUUCCUCAAAACCAUCAUCGACGGCCUCGAGGAGACCCCUUACGGCAUCCGCUGGAUAUGCAAGCAGAUCCGCAGCUUGUCCAAACGCAAGUACCCGGACGCCCAGGACCAUGUCAUCUGCACUCUGAUCGGAGGCUUCUUCUUCCUGCGCUUCAUCAACCCGGCCAUCGUCACGCCGCGCUCCUACAUGCUCAUCGACGGCACCCCAGCCGAGAAGCCGCGCCGCACACUGACCCUGAUCGCAAAGAUGCUGCAGAACCUCGCCAACAAGCCCUCCUACGCCAAGGAACCCUACAUGGCCAAAUUGCAGCCCUUCAUCCAGCAGAACAAAGAGCGAGUGAACCGGUUCCUCCUCGACCUCUGUGAGGUCCAAGACUUUUAUGAAAGCCUGGAAAUGGACAACUACGUCGCCCUCUCCAAGCGCGACCUCGAGCUGCAAAUCACCCUCAACGAAAUCUACGCUACCCACGCCCUCAUCGAGAAACACGCCUCCACCCUCGCCGCAGAUCAAAACUCCCAUCUCAACGUCCUCCUGCAGGAACUCGGACCCGCGCCCGCCCAGCUGCCCCGCAAGGAGAACAGAGCAAUCCACCUCCCGCUCUUCAGCAAAUGGGAAGCCCCCAUCGACGACCUCACCUCCGCCCUCGACAUCACCCAGGAAGAGAUCUUCUUCAUGGAAGCCAAAUCCACCUUUGUCCAGAUCAUGCGUUCGCUCCCUCACAACUCCUCCGUCACCCGCCGCCCCUUGCGCCUCGACCGCAUCGCCGAAGCUGCAGCCACCCUCAAAAACGACGCCGUCAUGGUCCGCAAGGGCAUCCGCACCAUGGAACUCCUCAGCCAGCUGCAGGAACUCGGCGUCAUCGACCGGUCAGACGACUUCUCCUUACUCCGCGACGAGGUCGAGCAGGAACUCGUACACCUCGGCUCGCUGCGUGAGAAAGUGCUCGAGGAACAGCGCAAGCUCGAAGAAGUCUACCGCACCAUCCGCGACCACAACGCUUACCUCGUCAACCAGCUCGAGACCUACAAGUCCUACUUGCACAACGUCCGCAGCCAGAGCGAGGGCAAGCAGCGCAAGACCCAGAAGCACCAGGAGCUGGGACCCUACAAGUUCACCCACCAGCAGCUCGAGAAGGAAGGGGUGAUUAGACGGAGUAACGUGCCCGAAAACAGGAGGGCCAAUAUAUACUUUAUGUUCAAGAGUCCCCUUCCAGGCACUUUUGUCAUCAGUCUACACUACAAGGGACGAGCUAGAGGCCUGCUAGAACUCGAUCUGAAACUCGACGACUUGCUGGAAAUGCAGAAAGAUAACCAGGAAGACCUAGACCUGGAAUACGUCCAGUUCAACGUCUCGCGCGUCCUGGCUCUGCUCAACAAACGUUUCGCCCGGAAGAAGGGCUGGUAG